ACAAUAUAACAGGGCAAUCGAGGAUAGACAAUACUCAGAGUUGGUAAACAGGCGAAUGGUCAGGGCAGGCAGCAGACAGCGUACACAAUAGUCUGUAAACGAGGCAAAGAGUUCUAAAGGCAGGCAGCAGGGUUCAAACAACGAGAAAGCAGUCCAGAGUAAAUCCACAGUAAUCCAACAGAGUAGUAAAUGCUCAGAAAUGUUAGCCGGGGCAAAACAAGACUUCGCAACGGUGAUGAGGAACCCGGAAGUAUUUAUAGGGGAGGAACAGGAAGUGAUAGUCCAUGGGGUCAGAGUCAGGUACGGGGUUAUGGGAAAUGGAGUGAGGAGUGAAAACUAGAAUUCCGGUGAUGACGAUGUGCUGCUGACCAAGUAUUGAGUGCAUAAAUGAACAUACUUUAAAAAAACUUUAACUUUUCUUUUUUGCAAAUUCAUUUUUUGAUUGGUUCUAGGAAAUAUUCUAAUAUUUUGAUAUACUGGAUUUUUGACUUUCAUGAGCUAUAAGCUCUAAUCAUCAAAAUUAAAACUAUUUUGAUGCUCUCAACUAUCCAUAAAUAGACGGAAAAGCAUUGGAUGAAGAGAGGAGAGCAAGACCGGUAAAGGACCUCGAGAUGGAAAUCGAACUUGGGUUGCCGUGAGCACAGAUGCGCUGUAUGUCAGUGCACUAACCACGAUGCUAUUGGCGCCGACCAAAAUAGUGUUAUGUUUAUCUUUAAAUGUCUUUAUCUAAUACUUUAACAUAUAUAGUGUUACACAGAGAGGUGCAUUCGUGAAAGCACUCUGUUUAUUUAACAUCUUGUGUAAAUUAAAUGAUCAAGAAAGUACUUUAAAGUGAUUUAAACAAUCAUAUAUCAAUAUAUCAAUAAUAUAUCAAGAGGUACUUUCUUAAAUAUGGUAAUUCAGAGGUUUUACUUUAAUCUCUCUCUGUUAUAGUUCAUUUCAGCAGAAGAGAUCAGAACCAGAGUCCAGAUGUGUGUCUAUGAGAUUGGUUGAUAAAUCGUCCAAACAGUUUUAAGGGUGGAGAUGCGAGGACUGAUCUCAGUUUAUUUCAGCAGAAGAGAUCAGAACCAGAGUCCAGCUGUAUGUCUAUGAGGAGUGAUUGGUUGAUGGAUCGUCCAAACAAUUUUAAGGGUGGAGAUACGAGAACUGAUCUCAGUUCAGUUCAGCAGAAGAUAUCAGAACCAGAGUCCAGCUGUGUGUCAAUGAGGAGUGAUUGGUCUAUGAUUCAGCCAAUACAUUUUAAGAGUGGAGAUACAAAGACUGAUCUCAGUUUAUUUCAGCAGAAAAGAUCAGAACCAGAGUCCAGCUGUAUGUCUAUGAGGAGUGACGCCUCUGUGAAUCAACCAUUAGAUUAUAAGAGUGAAGAUACAAAGACUGAUCUCAGGCGUGAACUACUCAACAUGUUUAGAUCAAAUCUGAAGAAGAAGUUUGAGCGUCUGUAUGAGGGAACAGUGACGCAGGGAAACCCAACACUCCUGAAUGAGAUCUACACAGAGCUCUACAUCACAGAGAGUAAGAAUGGAGAGAUCAGUAAUGAGCAUGAGGUGAGACAGAUUGAGACACAAUCCAGGAGUGCAGCAACAGAGGACACAGCCAUCAAAUGCAAUGACAUCUUUAGACCUUUACCUGGACAAGACAAAGCCAUCAGAACUGUGCUGACAAAGGGAGUCGCUGGCAUUGGAAAAACAGUCUCUGUGCAGAAAUUCAUCCUAGACUGGGCUGAAGGGAAAGAGAAUCAGGACGUCCAGCUCAUAUUUCCACUUCCUUUCAGAGAAAUCAACUUGAUGAAGAAACAAGCAUUCAGUCUUUUAGAUCUUCUUCUUAUGUUUUUCCCUGAAACUAAAGAAAUAGAAAUAUCCCAUGGCAAACAUAAAGUGUUGUUCAUCUUUGAUGGUCUGGAUGAGUGUCGUCUGUCUCUGGAUUUUCAGAGUGAUGUAAGGUUGUGUGAUGUAAGUGAAUCAGCCUCAGUGGACGUGCUGCUGAUGAACCUCAUUGUGGGGAAUCUGCUUCCCUCUGCUCUCAUCUGGAUCACCUCCAGACCAGCAGCAGCUGAUCUCAUCCCCUCUGAGUGUGUCCAUCGAGUGACAGAGGUACGAGGCUUCAAUGAGCCACAGAAGGAGGAAUACUUCAGGAAGAGAAUCAGUGAUCAGAGUCUGGCCAACAGAAUCAUCUCACACCUGAAGUCAUCAAGGAGCAUCUACAUCAUGUGCCACAUCCCAGUGUUCUGCUGGAUCUCAGCCGCUGUUCUAGAGAAGAUGUUGAGUCGGGCAGAGAGUGGAGAGAUUCCCAAGACUCUCACUCAAAUGUACACACACUUCCUGAUCCUUCAGACCAACAUCAAACAUGAGAAGGACUAUGAGAAGAAGGUGACAGAUGAAGACUUGAUCCUCAAACUGGGGAAUUUGGCUUUUCAGCAGCUUGUGAAAGGCAACCUGAUCUUCUAUGAGAAAGACCUGAGAGAGUGUGGCAUUGAUGUGACAGAAGCAUCAGUGUACUCAGGAUUGUGCACUCAGAUCUUCAGAGAGGAGUUUGGCUUGUAUCAGGGGAAAGUCUUCUGCUUUGUUCAUCUAAGCAUUCAGGAACAUCUAGCAGCUCUAUAUGUGCAUCUCUCCUGUACAAACCACAACAGCAAUGUGAUUGACCAAAUCACCAAACAGAGUUUGUGGUGUAAAGUAAAGUGCUGGUUUCCACUCAACUCAUCAACACAUGUUUCAUUAUCUGAGCUGCAUCAGAGAGCUGUGUAUGAGGCUCUACAGAGUAAAAAUGGACAUCUGGAUCUUUUCCUGCGGUUCCUUCUGGGUUUGUCAGUGGAGUCUCAUCAGAUUCUUCUACAACAAAUAAUGACACUGAAAAGAAGCAGCUCUGACAGCAAUGAGAAAACAGUUGAGUACAUAAAGAAAAAGAUCAGGACCAUUGACUCUCCAGAGAAAUCCAUCAAUCUGUUUCACUGUCUGAAUGAACUGGGUGAUCAUUCACUAGUGGAGGAAAUACAACAGUAUCUGAAAUCUGGAAGAAUAAAGGAAGCCAAAAUCUCUUCAUCUCAGUGGUCAGCUGUAGUUUUUGUAUUGUUGACAUCAGAGAAAAAGCUGGAUGACUUUGAUAUUAAUAAAUUUGUUUCUGAAAACAAUAAACCCAACAAACAGAAAGUUCUUCAGAAGUUGCUGCCUGUGAUUAAAGAAUCCAGAUCAGUUCAGUUGUAUGAUUGUGGCAUCACAGAUGAAGAUUGUGCUGCUCUGGCUUCAGCUCUGAUAUCAAACCCCUCACACCUGAGACAACUGAAUCUGUGUGGGAAUGAUAUACGAGAUUCUGGAGUCAUGCUGCUGUCUGCUGUACUGGAGGAUGCUCACUGUAAACUGGAGAAACUGUGGUUGAGUGAUUGUGGUGUCACAGAUGGAGGUUGUGCUGCUCUGGCUUUAGCUCUGAGAUCAAACCCCUCACACCUGAGACACCUGAGUCUGUCGGGAAAUAAACUGGGAAAAUCAGUGAAUCUUCUCUCUCGUGUUCUACAAAAUCCUCAGUGUAAACUGGAGAUACUGUGGUUGGUUGAUUGUGGCAUCACAGAUGGAGGUUGUGCUGCUCUGGCUUCAGCUCUGAGAUCAAACCCCUCACACCUGACAGAACUGGGUCUGUCUAGGAAUAAACUAGGAAAAUCGGGAGUGAAGUUACUCUCUGAUCUGAGAGAUGAUUCACAUUAUAAACUGAAGAGAUUAUACUAUUGACUCUCAGUAAUUAGACGUCAGUCCAGUUUCCUCAGGAUCAGCUGAUGGUGAAUAAGGAGCCGCUACAGAGACAUCACAGUCACACAAUCAACAGAGACACACAGCAUCACACUGUUAUGUGUGUCGUCUUUCACUGUCUUGUUUUAUAGGUAAUGGCCCAUUAAAUUAAGUGCAGAAUCAUUUUGGAUUUACUAGAUAUGGUCUACAAUAUAGAUCACAGGUGUCAAACAUACGGCAAACAAAGAUGUCCGAUCUGGCCCCCAGGAUGAUUUGAACAGUGGUGAUGAUUGUGGACUUCAGGAGAAACCCCCCCUGUGCUCCCCCCAGUCACUAUCAUGUACAGCACUGGGGCUGCAGUGGAGUCAUUCAAAUUUUUGGGCACCACCAUCUGACCUGAAGUAGGUCAUUCAUAUAGACUCCAUUGUCAGGAAGGCCCAGUAGAGGCUGUAUUUCCUUCAACAGCUGAGAAAAUUCAACCUGCCACAGGAGCUGCUGAAACACUUAUCUUCUUCAGUCGCUGAAUCCAUCCUCUGCACUUCUAUAACUGUCUGGUUCAGCUCAGCUACCAAAACUGACCUUGGAAGACUACAGCGGAUAAUCUGGACUGCUGCGCGAAUCACCGGUUACAACCCUCCCCGCUCUCCAAGAACUGCAUAAGAAUAGUUUCUUCCCUCAAGCAUUCCAUCUCAAUUAACUUGGCAAUAAACAUAAUACACAAUUUAUACAUUUAACACACAUACUUAUUUAAAUUUUCUUGCACUUGUACAUAACAUUUAUUCAAUUUUUAUUCAUUUCAUUAUCUGUGUCUUGGCUCCACUGUCAUUCUGUUUGUGCUGUGGAAGCUUCUGUGACCAAAACAAAUGCCUUGUAUGUGUAAACAUACCUGGCAAUAAAGCUUAUUCUGAUUCUGUCAACACUUAAAGGUUUUUGUUCAGAAACAAUAACAUGUUUACAUGUUUCCCUUUUAUUGCACUUGAUCUCUGGCUUACUGUCCUGUCCUGCCUUUGAGAAAAUCCUUUCUGCAGAUACAGAUGAUGCAGGGACUCCAAGGUGUUUCUUGGCAAGCUUGCUAAGAGACGGGAACACUGGUUCAUUCUUUUUCCAGUAGGUCUUGAUCCUGUGAAAUUAUCUUCUCUUCUGAGUAACGCCACAAUUCAAUUAAGGCAUCAGUGCCAGUUGUGUGAUGCAGCUGGGAUGCAAGGAGUUGAGAGUCAAACUCUGUCCAUUUCCCAUCUUUUGGGGAGCUUGAGGUAGUUGCAAUAGCCAUUGCUGAGGUAGAGUUUGUGGCCGAGCUUAAGCUUGGUUCAGGAGCAGACACUGAACUGAGGUACAAAAUCUAGUUCAUUGACUGAAUUUCAGUGAUGAGUCGCCCUUUCACAAGUUCAACAUUUCUCAUGUCACAGAACCCAAGAAUUUUUUAAAUCUUAUGUCCAGGAAGUUACUGCCUGCAAGACCAUAAAAGGAUUAAAUACUUCUGAAACGAUGUAGGCAUUGUGCUGAAAGCUCAGCUGCUAGCUUGCUACCUUGGCACUAAUCAGAUGCAAUUUAUCUCAGAAGUAGUGACACCAGGGGAAUCACUUUCGAAACUGAAACAUGUUUUUCAGUCAAUGUCUUGCUUGUUAUUUUUUCAAAUGGUCUCAGGGCAUCAGUUGACAGACUGAUCAUUGACCAGUACUUCUCACUUACGCAUAGUGAGGUCUUCCCAAGAAGACAGAGGACUGGUAACUGCUUUCUUCUGCUUAAAUAGUCUCUCAAACAUAUAAAACACAGAUUUCCACAUUGUUUCAGCUGAUUGUAUCAGUUUGUGUUGUAGAGAUAUCACCUAUUUCUGAACUUCUUUUAGCCUCUCUGCUGCUCUUGUGCUGAGGUGAAAGAAAGCUACAAUAGCACUGCAUCUCUGCUGGAUGUCAAGAAGAUCAGGGAGAGCUUUAAUGGAGUCUUUUACGACCACAUUUAGGGUGGUAAAAUAUGGAUAAUGUGCCCAAUCUGCUGUGCACAUAGCAGCAACCAUAUUGGCACCAUUGCCUUUUAUUACAGCCUGAACUUUGCUAUGCCCAUUCAUCACUCUUUUUAAUUGUGAGCAAAUGUUGUCAGCACUGUGUUGUUCUGAAAAAUUACAGGUUUCUAGAUUAUAGGCUUGCAUUUGCUAGUUCUCAUCUAUAAUAUAGCAUUAGACAGAUAAAUAAGCCUCGGUGGCUCUUGAUGUCCACAUGUCUGUUGUAAGUACAGCACUGUUUGCACCAUUUUCUCUUCAAUUAAAUGUUUACUACUUGUAAUUCUGUAACAUGGAUCGAGUGUCCUGACAAAAUUCCUAAAACCCUCAUCUUCAACCACAGAAAGAGGUUGCCGGUCAUUUCAGUAAGGCUGCUUAAUAUCGAUAGCUCUUGGGGAAUAAUGUCUAAAUGAAGUCUAGUCUAAAGCCUAUCUUGCCUAUGUAGCCAAAAUAUAGGAAUCCAAUAAUGUCCCUUUCACAGUUUACACAAAAGGGAUAUUCAGCCAUUUUCAUAUUUCAGGUUUAAGGUAUGUAUUUUUAAAUUCCAGUAAAAUAAUUCAUAUAAAUAGCAUACAUUUUAAUGUGCUGAAUAUAGGCUAUAUUUAAUCAGUCUGCUGAUUAAAGUAACAACUAUGAUGACCAAUUAUAAUUUUUUACAAAUUAGCAUUUACUAAUGCUGAAGCUCCUAUAUAACUAAAAUAUUAAUUUCACCAUUAUGGCUACCUGGAUAUUUAUUGCCUCUCUGAAAGGGCUCUGCCAUUGAUCUCUGUCUCACUGCUGCCACUGCUUGGGGUCUGGCACUUCUGUGGCCACGGAUUUGCGGAUCUUGUUUUUAUCUCCUACAGAUGACUUGCAGGACCCUGUAUGUUAUGCUAUUAAAUUGGUUUUAAUCAUUUAAGGACCACAGCUUCUUGUCUCUAUUGGCAACACGCAC